AUAUAUAGUUUAUAUUUAUUUAUUGUCGUUAUAAUUAUCGAAAACCAUGAACUAAAUCAUUAAAUUGAAUUGAACAAUUCUUCGUUUGAUGCGUGCACUACUACCUAGUGGAAUAUUACUUGGUUACUUUGGAAACCAUUUGGUGUGCAUUUGGAACAACAAAAACAUUUUUUUUCAUUAUUAUCAUCAUCAUAAUUCAUUGGUUCAAACGGUGAUUAUAAAAUCAAUCAAUCAAUUAAUCAAUAUUGAUUUGAAGAAAAAAUGUAUUCUCAAUUGAAUCCAAUCAUAAUACGAUUAACAACAUCUGCUUGUUUCGAUAAUUUGUCCAUUGAAUCAAGUAAAGAUGAUAAAAACACCAAAUUAGCCGUACAUGAUGAUCGAAAAAUGUCCGUAAUUUCGAUUGAUAAUGGUGCAAACGUUAUUGAAUCAUCAAUGAUUGAUUUAUCGAAUAAUGGUAAAUUCAAUACACUUCAGAUGAUUCGAUUGUUAAGAUUACAGGAUAAAAUUUAUUUGAUUUCAUUAUCAUCGAAAACAUUAAAGAUUUAUUCGACAGAUUCAGGCUGUACAUUGUUGUUUGAUCAUAAUAUUAACGAUGUGGAUACAAAAGAUUUGCUGGCAAUCAAUUCAAUAGAAAGGAUAAGCAAAGAUGUUUUCUGUUUUGUAACACAGAAUCGAAUACGAAUGUUUGCAAUCAACAGCAGCAAUUGUUUUGUUGAAAAAGAAUUUCAUCAAGAUUUAAAAUCCAGUACUACAUCUCAGAUUGAUAAAUUCAUUUCGAUUGGUCAAUCGCAAUUUGCUUUAUUUGAAAAUUUAGCAAAAAUUACAAUUUGGAAAUUGAAUGAAAAAAAUUUAUCAUUCACAAGAAUCACUGCAUUCAAUAUUCAUCCCAACACAAAAUUGACUUGUAUUCAAGUUUAUAAAAAUCUUUUGCUAAUCGGCACCGUUUCUGGUCAGAUACAAAUCGUUAAUAUCAAAGAUGGCCAAUUACUUGGAGAAAUUCAGGCACAUAUCAAAUGUGUGACAAGUAUGGAUGUCGCCACAAACAUUGGUUAUCUGAUUUCAGGCUCUGAAGAUAGUUAUGCCCGAUUAUUUCGUUUGGAACAAAUCAAUGAAAAUGAAUUUAGAGCUGAAUUUCUUCAACAAUUUAUUGCUCCAAAUGAAAUGAUUUUUGGCACGAAAUUCUUGAAUCCAAAUGGUUCAUUUUUAGCAAUUUCGACAUUCGAAUCGAAUCAGAUAAAAAUUUUCAAAAUAAGCAAUUGAAUAAUAAU